AUGGAAUCCUAUUUGGCCAGCGAUCAAAUCCCGCUCAAGACCAUUUUAUUUACGAAAAUUCCAUUACUGGCCUACGCCUCGAAGGAUCUUAUCGCGCUCGUAGAUGCAUCGUCAUUGAAAUUGAUUGCGACUCUGGCUUUCUGGGAUGCAUUUCCAUCGACAUUUGGCACAGAGACGUACGUGCAGCACAUCGACGUCGAUACCGUCAACAAAUGGAUUAUCGCGAGUGCUGGUAUGCGAAUUGCUAUCUGGACACUCUCCAGCCUCGAAGAGAACACUUGGCGAGUCCAUUCAACCAUCUCUGCCCCCAAAGUCGUCACUGCUUUAGAGGGACAUGAUGGCAGACUAUGGGUCGGUAUGCCUGAGAGUCUAUCGCUCUAUUCUUCCAAAGUCGUCGACGAGAGUAACUCGGAAGCCUGUAUCUGGAUGGCAUCUUCUGGCCGACUAGUUCAGAGGAUCCCACAUCCACGGCCUCUUGUUCAUAUAACUUGGAGGUCUCAACCUUCAAAGGAUGAAUAUAUACUUUACACCACUACAUCGGACUCGGCUUUGCGUAUUUUUCUUCCAGUUCUGGACACUCCACGGCACUUGCAGCUGCAUGCCACUGUAGACCCAUACUGCUUUCUACCUUCCUCUCUCAGCUCUAACCGGGGCUCGCCCGUGUUUCCAUUCGACAGAGACAUCCUACGCGCUGUUUUGGGAGGAGUCCUCCGUAAUCAGCCGGGGCAAAGAACAAGCUUUGACGAGAGUCAGCGCCGCAGACUAACCGAGAUAUAUGAAGAGUCCUGGGAUCUAUUUGCCAGGAUACUCGACGAUGGAUCCAUCGUAAUUCACGCUGUCGCUAAUCUCGACAGACGACCUCCAACAUUAUUGAAGCAAUUCACCUUGCUACAUUCUCUCUUUGACCCUCCUCUAGAAUCACUCCCAACUUCUCUUCUAGUCAUUCCGUCCGCUUCACACUUGAUCCUCAUUACGGAUCCUCCAGUCUCCUCUCAUAAUCUUCUGCCUCUUCCAUUCUUUGACGCAAAAAAAGAUGGCCUCAGAACAAUCUCCACUGCACCAGAAUCUGGAAAGUUUGGUCAUCUCCCGAUUACUCGAAUAUCACGCUCCCCGGAAGGCCACGCCGUAGCGGUAAUGCGUCGAGGUGCCGCUGAAGUAUGGAAGGUUAAGCGUUCAGGAGGGUUGAGGUUGCUUCAAGAAUUUGUAACCUUGACAGAAGCUCGAGUCCUAGCUUUCCACUCAGGCCGCAGUGUAGCGGUGUAUGAACCGACCGAGCACAAUCUCAGAGUGACGAUGGGGCCUAACGAUGUUCAUCAUCUAACGCUACCACGCCUACUGGAUCUAUUUCUCGUUCCGCCAAAUCAUGACACGAUCACCUGUCUCAUUGGCAUCGCCGAGUCUUUGGAUAUUAUACAAAUACAUGCUCAUCAUCCACCAAACUCUUCCCUCACGAUUCAUUCCUCUGGGCCACUCCCGAGCAAGAGCAAGUUGGCAUGGAUCCGCCCUGUGGACCCUAUGGUUUGGUCGUCACCAGGAAUCGAUGUUUUAUUGAGUAUAUCCCAAGAAGGAGAUUUAGAGUUCUGGGCUGCCGAGUCCUCUACAUCCUGGCGCAAAACGGGGCAUGUCGUGACAGGGAGGAGUAACAUUGAGCGUGUACGGUGCAGCUCGAGCAAGAAGACGGUACUAGUCGUCAAAAGAUCGGAUGGGCACGAAGUUUCAAUCUGGGACUCGAAAGAAUCCCAGUUCUCGAGUGGGCUGGAGCAAUGCGAGGUGUUUAGCUCACCCGUUAUUGACUUGGAUUGGACCGCUACCCCAGACGGACAAGCCAUUCUCGCCAUUGGUUUUGAACACCAUAUUUUGCUCCUCUUCCAGCAGCGGAUGACUUACUUUGAACAAGAAUCGAGAUGGGGAGUAUUCGGAAGGAUUGAGAUCGGAAAUAUAACCCGUCACCCUGUUGCAGACUCUAUAUGGAUAUCACAAGGCCAAAUACUAACUGGCGCAGGUCAUCAAAUGAUACAAGCCAGGCCGGGAUUCACUCUCAGAGGCAAAUUGGAGCCCAAGGAUUUAUUCGAGACAGUUGCGCGGCGUAAUGGGCCAUUACCUCAUUACCACCCGCAGAUGCUCUUACAAUGCUUGUUAUGGGAGAAGAUUUCACUCGUCAAGCAGAUUGUUUCCAAUCUGGCAAAGGAGAUGAAGUAUCUUCACCCCGAAGAACGUGCUACGUACGAAUUACCGGAUCUCCCAAUCGAGUCGUUCUUGGAGAGAGACUCUCUCGGCGUAUCUCAGCAGCCGGUACAGCAAAGCAAGAAGCCUAGAAGUUUGUUUGAUGAUGAACAGGCCCAGCAAGCGGAAGACAUUGCGGGCUUCUCGACUACAGAUGUCUCGAGGCUAAUUACUGACCUGGAGGAAACUCCAUUGCAAAGCCUCAGUGAUAUCGAAAACGAGCAGCUUCUUGUUCUAUUACAAACAACACUGGAUAUUGACGAGCAACGUCGGGCACUUGACGCAGAUGGACUCCGCUAUCUGAUCUCUAUGAACGUGUUUUACAUUCUCAACAAACGAAUAGCGGUUCCGCGACAUGCACCUGUGCGAAAGAACACUUCUGAUCAACAGCGCGGGUUGCGCGAGCGGAUCCGAUAUCGUGAUAUCGUCUGGGCUUUCCACAGUGGUAGCCAAGAUGUCUUGCUUGCUGCAUCUACUGCAGCUUGUGGCGGGAAAAUGGUCUGGACGGAUGCGCGGGCGCUGGGCAUAUUCCUAUGGCUCAAUUCAAUCGACACCGUGAAAAGUCAAUUCGAGGUCAUUGCCAGAAAUCAAUACAUGUCUGGCGAGGACCGUGAUCCCAGUGCUUGUUGCCUCUUCUACUUUGCACUGGGAAAAAUUCGCCUAGUUCAAGGCUUGUGGAAGCAAGCUGCGUGGCAUCCUGAGCAAGGGAUCAUGCUCAAGUUCCUCUCCAAUGACUUUGAAAUUCCGAAGUGGAGGACCGCUGCACUCAAGAAUGCUUUUGCACUAUUAGGCAAGCGAAGGUUCGAGAUGGCUGCAGCAUUUUUCCUUCUGGGAGGUAGUUUGCAGGACGCAGUUAAUGUCUGCAUCAAACAAAUGAACGAUUUCCAACUUGGUGUCGCCCUCGCACGUGUGGUCGAGGGUGAUUCUGGCCCGAUUUUAACGAGCAUACUCAAGUCGACCGUGCUUCCGAUUGCGUUUAAGGACGGUAAUCGAUGGUUGGGAAGUUGGGCUUUCUGGAAACUCAAUAGGAGGGAUCUCAGUGUCCGGAUCCUGGUGACUCCGCUCAAGGAUUUUGCUGGGAUGCUCGUCAAUGAAGGGUUCAUCAUUCCCGAAACUGGAGAAUCGAAUUAUGAUGAUCCGAGUCUAGCGCUGCUCUACUCACGGCUAAAAUCUGCUUCAUUGCAGACCAUCAAGGGGUCAACAAUGAUACCCGGACAGCAAGAGUUUGACUUUGUGUUGCAGAUUGCGCGCGUGUUUUGUCGAAUGGGAUGCCAUCCCCUGGCUCUCUAUCUCGUAACGGACUGGUCCUUUGAUCCACCGGAGCCCAUUGAUAGCUGGGCGUUCCCGAAGCAGAGGAAGAACGACUCCAGAAAACGGUCUGGUUCACCCGGCUCGCCUACACUCAGACGGUCAAUGUCACGCAGACGUUCUGUCAUUGACCUUGAUCUAAACGUAGAGUCGCAGGUCUACGACGCAACAACGCCAAAGACUGGGUCGUUUAUCCAUCUUCCCUCGCUUCCAGAAACUACAGAGCUGAGACUGCCUAGUCCCGUUUCAGAGGAAGCUCCGACUCGUGGACGGACUGGGUUUGGAAGUCUGAUGCAAGCGGCGAAACGCGAGCAACAAGUUCCAGAAUUUGAUAUGGGAAUGUUUGGCAUGUAA